AUGAAGUUGUACGUUGUAGCUGGCCUGGCUUGCAUCGCCACCGAUACGGCAGUUGCAUCAACUUUGCUGCCUCGCGCGGUUCCGUCUGGGGUAGUAACAUCACCAGCUUCUACUGGUCCAGCACUGGAGGCGUUGCAGCAAGCGGCUACUUCGCUACCAUCAUGCGCAACGGGCUGCAUCGCUGCGGAACUACCCAAGUCAGCAUGCAAUGCCACCGACUUCCAGUGCAUCUGCACGAACCAACAACUCAAUGCUGCCAUUGGCGUGUGCUUGUCGCAGAACUGCACCGUAGUCGAGUCUCUCCAGGCCCAGAACUAUUCGAAAACGUCCUGCGGCGUGCCCGUCCGCCGCAACACAGAGCAAGCCCCCAUAUCAUGGACCCUCUUCGCCAUCGCAUUCGUGGCCGUAGUCGCCAGGCUUCUAUCCAAAGCUCCGGCGUUGAAUCCGGCGUUCCCCUUCGGCAUAGAUGAUUGGACAAUCAUUGCCGCUAUGGUUGCCUUGAUACCAUCGGAUAUCGGGUCUCAGGAACUGAUCGGCCUGGGCCUAGGCAAAGAUAUAUGGACGGUACCUCCUGAAAACAUUACCGAGAUACUGCUUCUAUUCUUCGUCGAGGAAUUACUUUACGCGUUUGUGGUCGCAAUCACCAAGUUUUCCAUCCUCCUAUUCUAUCUUCGUCUGUUCAGCGAACCGUGGUUUCGAAAAAGCUGUUACGCAAUCAUGGGCGUGACCGCCGUCUACGGUGUUGGCCAAAUACUCGCAAUCGCCUUGGUUUGCAACCCGGUUGAUUACAACUGGACACGGUGGGAUGGAAAGCACGUUGGAAGUUGCGGCAACAUUACGCUCAUGACUUUUAUCAACGGGGGGGUCAACAUCGCGUUGGACUUUGUUCUUUUUGUUCUGCCGGUGACGCAGUUUAUCAACGUCUCCUGGACCUCGAAGAAGAAGAUCGGCGUCAGCGUCAUAUUUCUUGUCGGCCUUUUUGUGACUGUGUGCAGCGGUAUCCGUUUGGCGACUGUUGGCAAAUUCGCCGACACGCAGAAUCCAACAUGUAAGAGCACCCUACCCCGUUACCCAACAUCUCAUGACUCUAAAGGGAUUGACUAUUUAUUUGCAGAUGACUUCAAGGAGAUCUCGAUUUGGUCCUUGGUCGAGAUGCGGAUGAGCGUGAUAUGUGCCUGUAUGCCAGGGAUGACCGCCUUCGCCCGGCGCAUAACGCCCCUUUUUCGUCGUUUGCGCCCAGACAAGCCUCUGCCACAAGCUGGCAACCAACCUCGAACGGGCAGGUCCAUGAUGAGAAGGAUUCAGAACACACUCACACGUAUUACGGGGAUCGGGGAGGCCAGAAACCAUCCGACUUUGGGGAGCUCAGCAGUCACACGGAAAACCAACACAACGAAGAGCCUACCGUCCACCAUCGAUCCAAACCACCCCGAGUACAUGGAAUACAUGCUAUACGCUAGGUUUGCAGAGUCGGGUGAAGCGGGCACACAGUUGCAAACGCUGAAUAGCAGGGCAGCCGCAUGA